AUGUUUAUUUUAUGUGGAAUGUGCCCAAAGGAAGGACAUAAUUAUAGCAUAAGAGAACUACUUCUCUCAUCACUACAUGAUAGACGAUGUCAAGCGGAUUUAUGUUUCCUUUUUAAAGUUAUAAAUGGAUAUGUUCAAGAUCCAGAGUUACUAAGUUUAAUAAGUUUUAAUGUUAAUACUCGAAGAACUCGUAACACUGAGAUUUUCAACAUUCCAUUCCACAGUACGAAUUAUGGCCAAAAUGAACCCAUUACAAGAAUUUUACGAACUGCUAAUGAGCACAGCAAUAAUUUAGAGUUAUUUGGAAUAUCUACAGCAGCAUUUAAGAAAUCAUUUGAGCGAUUUUGA